CCACGACAGGCGGCGCCGAGGGUGUAGGGUGUGUGUGUGAAAAGCUGGGCUCGUCAUACAUACUUUACUCACUUACGCACUUUCGCUUCCUUCCUUUCUUACAAUUGGAAAGGUGUACACGCAUAUUCGGACAGAGAGAAAGGAAAAUAAAAGAACUGGGGCAUUGAGAUUUGUAUGGGCUACUAAGGGCGCGAAAAAGAGCUUGACUCCCAUUUGUGUGACUCGGACACACGCACGAUACCAAGAUACCCAACCCAAGAUGAAGACCACAACGUCCCUACGCCCCCUCCUCGCCGCCGCGGCAGGUGCUCGCGCUGCAACUCGUGCGCCCGCCGCUGCUGGACGGAGGGCAGCGAGCAGCUUCACAGCUACGGCGGGAAGGAGGAUAACGGCUGGUGCGAGGACGAGUGUUGCGCCGCUGAGGGCGGCGGUUGGUGCGCAGACGACACAGAGGGCGUUCUCGGCGGGCGCGAGGAGGCAAGAGGAGGCGUUUGAUCCGACUACGGUGGAGAGGGAGAGUGAUGAGGUGGAUGUUUGUAUUGUUGGUGGUGGCCCAGCAGGACUCGCCUCCGCCAUCCGCCUCAAACAACUCGCGACCGCAGCAGGCAACGACGACUUCCGCGUCGUCGUCCUCGAAAAAGCCAGCGAAAUCGGCGCCCACAUCCUCUCCGGCGCCGUCCUCGAGCCCCGCGCCAUCGAAGAACUCAUCCCCAACUGGCUAGACGAAGCGAACCCCGAUCGAUUCGACGGCAUCACUCCCGCCGCGGGUGACAAAAUGCGGUUCUUAACCAAGAAGAUGGCCCUACCGAUCCCAGCGCCGCCGCAGAUGCAUAAUAAGGGCAAUUAUAUCAUUAGUCUGAACCAGUUUACGAAGUGGCUGGGGGAGAGAGCGGAAGAGGCGGGGGUGGAGGUUUAUCCGGGGUUUGCGGGCGCGGAGGUGCUGUAUCAUCCUGAUGGAUCAGUAAAGGGUGUUGCGACGGGGGAUCAGGGGAUUGCGAGGGAUGGGAGUAAGAAGGGUGGGUUUGAGCGCGGGAUGGAGUUCCACGCGCGCGCCACUCUCUUCGCUGAGGGAUGCCACGGCAGCUUAACCAAGGGCGUUAUCAAGAAAUUCGAUCUCCGCCGCGAGAGCGAGGCGCAGACAUACGGGCUGGGCGUGAAAGAAGUCUGGGAAAUCGCGCCGGAGAAGUUCAACAAGGGGAGUAUCACGCAUUCCCUCGGGUACCCGUUACCCGCUGAUACCUAUGGAGGCGGGUGGAUGUACCAUUUCGGCGACAACCUCGUCAGUAUCGGACUUGUAGUCGGCCUCGACUACCCUAACCCCUGGCUCUCACCAUACCAGGAGUUCCAGAAGAUGAAGGAUCACCCGCUCUACCGCUCCGUGCUUGAGGGCGGGAAAUGCAUAUCCUACGGCGCGCGCGCGCUCGUUGAGGGUGGCUUCCAAUCUAUCCCCAAGGUAGCAUUCCCUGGCGGAGCACUGGUGGGAGAUACUGCCGGAUUCAUGAACGUCCCCAAGAUCAAGGGAACGCAUACAGCCAUGAAGAGCGGUAUGCUCGCCGCCGAAGCUGCGUACGAAGCCCUCACGGCCACCGAGGAGGGUACCGUCUUCCUCUACGACUACGAGGAGAAACUCCGCCAGUCAUGGAUAUGGAGCGAGUUAAAAUCCGUGCGCAACAUGCGCCCCUCCUUCCACGGCCCGCUCAAACUCUACGGCGGCAUCGCCUACUCCGGUCUCGAAGCAUUUAUCCUCAAAGGCCGCGUUCCCUGGACGCUAAGCCACGGCAGCAAGACGGACGCGCAAGCGACGAAGGAGGCGGACCAGUGCGAGAAAAUCGUGUAUGAGAAGCCGGAUGGGGAGGUGACGUUUGAUAUCCUGACGAGUGUGGCGAGGACGGGCACGGAUCAUGAGGAGGAUCAACCGGUGCAUUUGCAGGUUAAGGACUGGAAGAAGCAUACGAAGAGUAUGUGGCCGAGGUUUAAGGGGGUGGAGAAUAGGUUUUGUCCCGCGGGAGUGUAUGAGUAUAUUGAGGAUGAGGGGGAGGAGGAGGGGGUGAGGUUUCAGAUUAAUGCGCAGAACUGCAUUCACUGCAAGACUUGCGAUAUCAAGGUUCCGGAUCAGGAUAUCAACUGGACGGUGCCAGAAGGCGGUGGGGGACCAAAGUAUUACAUGACCUAGAUUGGUCUUACGGGGCAGUGGAGAUAGGAGGUGAGGUGCAUUGGGGAAACAGCAUGGUUCGAAUACACACAUGGGCGGGGCGGAAUAAGCAGUCGUAGAAUUUGUAAAAAUGAGAAAAGCGUACAUAUUAAGGCAUGCAACGCCCUAUCAUCACCACCCACCCAAUGGC